AUAAAAUCCAUUUAUCUACGUGAAAUCCACCUAACUACAUUGUUACAGCACGCUGUAAGGAAAUGCAUAGAUAGAGAGAGAAAGGCAUUGACAUACCAAAAUUGCGAAUCUCAUUCUUCGGUUCUGCUGAUCCUCGUCUCUUCUCGCUGUUCUCACCACCGUCACACAUACUGAAAUCUUUGUAAAUAGCAAUGCCCGCGCAGAAGCGUUCCUUCCCCGAUUCUCCUCACGAUCACCACCGUCACACCAAACAUCACCACCAAGAAAAAACCGAAGAAGAAGAUGCACAACAACGAGAACAGGAUAAUUAUGAAUCAAACGGCUCAGAUUCUCACCGCCCUCCGUCUUCUCCCUCCGAAGACAAUUCCGAAUUUGUUUUUGUAGAGCUUCUCGAAAUACGUAAAGAAGUCCAAUGUCCAAUUUGCCUUGGUAUUAUUAAGAAGACACGAACAGUUAUGGAAUGCUUGCACCGGUUUUGCAGAGAAUGCAUUGACAAGUCGAUGCGAAUGGGGAACAAUGAAUGCCCGGCUUGUCGGACACACUGUGCCAGUCGUCGUUCUUUGAGAGAUGAUCCAAACUACGAUGCUCUGAUUGCAGCUUUAUAUCCAGACAUUGAGAAGUACGAGGAAGAGGAGCUUGAGUUUCGUGAAGAGGACAAGAACCGCAAUAAGCUGAUUCAAGCUUCAAUUGCAAAAGUUGUUCAACGACAAUCAGAAGCACUGGUUAAGAGACGCAGAGAUACACCAGGUUCAUUUGUAACAAGAGCACAGCGCAAUCAACGAAAUGUUCUUUCUAGGAGACAAAACCAAGUAAUGGAUAAUCAAGGAUCUGAGGAUAAUGAGGAUGAAAAUGAUAACAAUGAAAAGGACUCAUCUUCCACGGAUGAGCGAUGUACAGAAAUUAGGCAGAGAAGGCGAAAGAGGCGGACCCGAGUUCGCCCUUCUCAGCCAUCAUCAUCGACAGCAAGUCCUGACAGAGGAUGCAUAGAAAGUGAUGUGGACAUAAGAGAGAAUCGAGGAAUUUCUUCUAGACCGUUGUCAAAACCUCAAAAGCUAACAUGGGGGAGGGGUGGUUUUAGGAGUCACACACGGCAUGGCAGUGGCAGUGGCAAUGGUAUCAAUAGCAAAAGUGCCCGCAGUAGCCGCUUGGCGAAGUUAGUUGAUUAUCUCCGUAAUUUGAAUGAAAACAACGAUGAGUUAGAUGUUCAUCUCAUUCUUUUCUCUCUGGACAAACAAAGUACACCAAGCUUGCAGCAGCCACACCUUUGCUGUCGACCAACUUUGUCAGUGAAGCACCUUUGUGAGUAUGUUGCUGGCCAGACAUCUUUGCCAAUUGAAGAAGUUGAGAUAUUGGCAGUUAAAGGAUGCUGCAGUACAGUUUGUGAAAAGCCAUUUGACGAGAUUUCAUCCUUUGAUGAGCAAACGGCACUGAUAAUAGAUCCUAGCAAAGAUGAACUGGAAACUCUGCAAGGGCAUGAAUCUUUGACAGAACUUAAAUCCAAAUGCAUAUCUCAAAGGGCGCAUAUGAUUCUGGCAUACAGGCGGAAGGAGUGAAACAUUAAAGACAGUUGUAAGAUUUAUGAAUGCCAGAACUUAUUCUGUACGUACAUAGGAAAAUUUUUAACUACAAAACUAUAUAUAGUUAAAUAAGAUGAACCUCCCCAAAGUUUAUAUAGAC